AUGAAAAAUCACCGCACUAGCCUUCUUUGGCAGCUGAAGCUUUGCGGGGCUCGGACGCGCUCUUCGACUUGCACAACCUUCAAAAUCAUUCAUCAAAGCUCACCCUAUCGCUAUCGAGGAUUCAAUGAAUACAAGGGCACUUGCUUCUGCGUAGUGCCAGCCAUGAUAGCGCGAUGUGGUCGUCUCUCACUCAAUCCCGCACGCGAUAGAGGGAGAUUCAGUACGAAUGCCAUCAAGCGAUUCUGGACAACACAAUGUUCCGCAAAUUCUACAUUCCAGCGUUCAUCCUCUGAGUCGAUAGCAACACCUCAAGUCCGGCAAGGAGCAGCUCAAAGCCAGGAUUACAGCCCGGCAAAGAAUGAAAAGCAGCGAUACUCUCAGGAUGAAGAUACCAUUAUAAUCCUGCGGAAAACCGAAGGAUCCUCAACUUCAAGCAUUGCUGAGGAGCUUGACCGCUCAAAGCAGAGUAUCUCGCAGAGAAUCCAAACUCUGUCUCAGUAUUACCCCAAUCUUCGGAAGCGAGGCAAAGGAUUGACAGCAGCCGAGCAGGCUGAGGUGCAUUCCAUACAGCGUAGCAUUUUCGAUGACGGCUUAAGCAUUGCUGAAGUCUGUCAAAAGAUUGGUCGCUCGGGUACGUACGUUCGGAACAGACUUCGUUGGGGUCAACGACGCACAAGGCCGGGAAGGACUGCUGAGCUCGAAGCACUUGUAUUGGCCAUGAAAGCCAGAGGAUACAAAUACGAGUCUAUAGCACAUAAUCUCGAGAUCGAGAUCGACAAAGUCCAGAACAUCCUCGCUGCUAGUAGCCGCUUACGUCAACACACGCCAAAAGAAGACCCCCCCAAGGGCAUACGUAAGCAACGCAAACAUUAUGGCUGGACGUCGAACGAAGAGUCAAAGUUGCUGGCACUCUACGAGCAAGGUCAAACAGCGCCAAGUAUAGCUCGUGAGCUGAACAGACAUCCCGUGCGCACACGAAUUCGCUUACGGGAGAUGCUCAUAUCCAGAGGUCACCUGGUUCCAAACGGAAAGUUGCGCUACUUCCAAUCAACUCUGGAAGAAGUGGUCAAUCUACGUGAGAAAUCCAAACUUACAUGGAAGCAAAUUGCAGAACGCUUCCCAGAGAAUACUUUGCCCACAAGAAACGGAUCAAAGGAAAAUCUUGACCUUGUUGCAUACGAAGGAGAUCUAUCUCAUCAUACAGCUUGGAUACAUACACAUUAUGUGGACUGCUUCAGGACUAGUUCAUACCUCGCCUGGCUCUCCGCAAUCUGCAGCGGACUGAUAAUCAGCUGGCUAAUGAUCCGAAACUAUUUGCCGACGUUGUGCAGCCAGAUGUGCUGGGUUGGACGAGCAGAGAAGUGGCUCACCGCCAGGAGCUACCGCAGUUGUUCGUCACCAAUCACAAGCGUAUCUCCUGCGAAGAACCAUCUCAAGCCCUCUGAGCAUGGCGGUGUUGUUAAGCUUCCUCCAUAUGUCCAGAAUGUCGGGUUGAAAAUUCUGAACCUGUAUCUCACGGGCCCCCUGUUCAGAGAAGUUGCUAUGUGCAUCGUUCCUGGUGUAGCUUGGAUCAAGUCUGAACCCUACUACGGCUUUCGCGUUUCCUUUGGCGUCGACAUGAACGAAGUGGAGCUCAGCAAUACUCCGAUCUCCAGCAACAAUCUCUGCAGGUAUACUAUCUCUUCAUUGAACAAGAGGCUCGGCAGCUUUGUAUAUUCGCCUUCGGGAAAUGUCCAUCUCGAACAACAGGCCAUAACCACUGUUGCUCAAUUUGCCUGUCCAGGAGCCAGAAUAGUUGAAGCUUGGACCGUGGGAAAAUCGAGAGAGCUGAGAUUCCGAAAUGCCGUUCUGACAUUGUCCAUUUUCUGGUUUGUCGGCCCAGCUAUUGUCGGCAUUUCCGAUUGGCAAGUGUCCACCUUCCCGAUUUGCCGAUGCAGCCGGAGAAUAAGCUUUUGUGCAGAAGUCGCCUUUGGUGUUGGAGAUGAUGAAGUUGAAGGAGAUAUAGUACUACUCAAUAUCGAGUACCUACAUGACAUUUAUAAGCCGUCUCAUUCGGUUCCUCCUUUCUUCAUUUUAUAUCGCAAGAACACUCUCAAUAUCCGCAAUCCUAUUCUCCAAGUUCUUCGACAAGCCUACGAAUCCAUAAGGUAUUAUUCCAUUUGGCCAGUACAACCUGUGCAAGCACUUCCAGGGACUUGCACCUUAUUCAUCUGGAGAGCCGCGGAGGGUCUGAGCUGCAAUUUCGGCGCUGUCCAGUCCUGUCGCACUUCUGGUGCUGGGUCGUUCGAGAGCCAAGACCAUGGCUGCUUCGAAUUGAUUGGCAAUGUGUGUGUUCAUCUCGAAGUCCACCUCGCGGUACAUGUAAAGUAG